AUGAUUUCAGUCAGCCGAAUGAGCUCUUUCUCGUACUCUCCUGGUUCUGGUGCUGUGCUUUCCCUGAAAGGUUUUGAGGUUCCUUCUCAUGGAAGGGAACGGAAACCUUAUGCUCUUCGUCCGGAGGAUAUUGCAAUUAUUGACAAAUUUGAUAGUGUAAUUGACGAAGUUGUGAAGGAGCUUUUCGACAAAGUUCUGAAUAACAUUGUUGAUUUCUUCAAAAAAGACGUUGGGACGAUACAUCACAAGAACAAAACUUUCACCAAGCUAACUCCGCGAAAAUUUCUGACGGCAGUAGUGCGGUGUAAUAUCUCCGAUGUAAGUCGAAUAACGGAUGGUGUACUCAGUCGACUCCAACGAGAGAUUAGCAGUAUUGUUGUGUUGAAGCCUGGGGAUACAAAUAUUUUUGGAGUUGUUAACCAGUUACGGAGCGAGAAGGAGAAGGGAAAACAACUGCUUAUUGUGGAGCAAGCUGAAUCUCUCAGCCCACAGCUCUUGAAUGGCCUAUUUUACUCUCUUUCUUCUAUCAGCGGCGAUAUAAUUAUUCUUUUAUGCCUGCGAAUGUCCACAAAACGAGCAACAUUCUUUUCUGCAGUACCACGAAGGCUUUUAGCAUCCCUCGAUAUGAAGUGCUUCUCGAUAUCUUCGUCCGAGGAAACAUUUGAUCGUCUUGCUUCUGCAGUUCUGCUCCAUCUGUCAUUCACACAUUUGGAAAUGGAGCCUUCAUUCGUGAAAUUUCUAAGAUCAUCCUUCUUCCGCGACGACUUUUCUAUCUCAUUUGUGAAGAAAUCGUUACGAUUUGCUCUCAUGCAGUAUUUAUGGAAAGGACAUAUAGACUCAAAGGUUGGAAUACGGGAGAAGUUCGCCAGUGAAAUGGACGAGUACAUGAAUGUCUUGGACUUCUUGCAUGGAUACUUAUACGAUUCAGAGGAUGGAUCGGAACAACGACAUUCGUCGAGCCUGCUGAAAUUACACGAAGAUGUGCAGCUAGAGGGUUUUGAAAGUAUUGCUGCUUCUAGCGAAUACAAGUAUUGGAUGCAAUCACUCAAACAGGCUUCUAAUGAAGGAGCUCUCUCGAAUAUUGAGUCAAGAAGGAAUUGCUAA